UGACUCGUUUCCUGACUGUAGGCUGCCGCUAAAACCGAAGCGUUUAGACGGGUUAGCAAUGUAGGCUAAUCUCCAAAUAACUUUCUGCUUUUUGCUCUGCAGAUGUGUUUUGGGUGCAUUUUGCUUGCAUGGGUCUUUAUGCUGGUUAAAUAUUUCAUCAGACAAUAGGCUACUGUAUCAUUGAGCAAACUUGGCGGAUUCUGCUUUGUUUAUCCUUAAGGAAAAUCCAUGGAUAUCAUCGUGAAAAAUAAGCUUAAACUCAUCAAAUGGCUAAAAGUGGAUCCGACCAUUAUUUUGCAACACGUACAAACGCACGGGCUUAUAACAAUUUCGGAGUACGGUAAACUGAAGUCCAUUUCUAAAAAUGCGUCCGAAGAGAAUGUUGCUAUUGAACUCCUAGACAUCAUCUGUGAAAAAGGUGAAAAUGUCUGUCAAGAUUUUCUGAAGAUGUUAGAAGAUGAUGAUGUGAACGAAAUUUCCCCUGAACUCAGAGUCUGGAUUAAAACGGUGGAACUUAAAGAGACAGAAAAAGCGGGACCAUCCAACCAUCUGCAGAAUCCCAAACCACCAUCAGGAGUUAGUGCAAGUUUAAUUGCGAGUGAUGGCAGCACUGUAUUUGCACCUAUCAUAAUGAAUUCUAAUAUAUCAGAAUCCAUUAAUAUAAAUAUGAAUUCACCAAAUGCUGUGAAAAAAUUUGAUCAAACUAAAGAUUGUGAAAGGGGAAAAUCUAAAGUAGUAACAGAUUGUAAGGAGUUUUUGAAAAAGAACCACGGAUUCUUGGUGCAAAGUGUCAAGCACAUUGAAGUUAUUCUUGAUGAUCUUAAAUUACAUCCUGAAUCAGCUGCAAAUGUGAGAUCAAAGGGAACAGAUCAAGCCAAGAUGAGGGAACUGCUUGGCUAUAUCAAUUCUAAAGCCAUCGCUGAACGUCUGGUUGAUGCUUUGUUAGAGCAUGAGUGUGAUCUCAUGGAUGAGUUACUCAGCUAAAAUUGUAUCAUCUACAUUCCAGUAACUUUUUACCAAAUAUUUCUUAAUCAAUUGUGGCAUUGUACAGACCAGGUUUAUACCAACACAGUCUCAGGCUUUUUUUAAAUGAACAAUUGAAUAAACACCAAUUUUUAUAUUGACCAAUGUGUAUACACAUGAUGACAAUGGCUUUGUUAUAAAAAAAAAUACAGUUUUGUAUCAUAUAUAUACCGGUAGUCUGUUUUUUUUAUAUUUGUAAGGAUCAUUUAAACCCACAAGUUGCUUACUGUAUCAAAAACAAUGUUGCAAUAAAAGUUACAUGAGGGUAA